GCAGAGGUCGCAUAGCAGAGGCAAGUCCAACCACUUCUGCGCACUGGAACCAGUGCGAGAAUAUGUGCGCGUUCAUAACAAAGCCAGUGUGAGAGAGCACAGAGGAGACUGACGUUUGGCGGUGGAGUUAAAAAAAAGAGAAAGGGAGAGAGUGAGAGAGAGUGAGAGAGAGAAAGAAAGAAAGUGUUAACUUGGGAGGUUUGUUUUGCUGUGGAAUACCCGGACAUACAGUAGUUGUGGCAGCACGUGUGCAUCCAUGACAUUUGUGUUUGGAGUGAAGGACUAUUUGUCACGCUGAGGACCCCUGCGCACCAGCCCCUGCACUGAACAAGGGGGAAAGUGCACCGAGAACAACUUAUAUUCUCCAAUUUGUCUCUUUCUUUUCUUGCUUUAGUGUGUGUGUGUGUAUGUGCGUGUGUGUUUUCACCGAGACGACAGUGAGUUCGAUUCCAAACUGGGAGUGAUUUCAUGCGUUCAGGCUCGCUCAACCUGAGAUGGACGUGAGAUUUUACCCUGCUCCACCGGCCAAUGUGGGUUCAUGCUCCCUACCCGCUGAUCCAAGUUGCUUGAGCUCGCUGGACUAUUAUCACUCCAACAAGGCCCGGUACAGUGUGGGUGACCGAGGGGUCAGGCUCCACUCUGCCCCCCCUCCAGGCAUCAGUCCAGCUAGGAAAAGACUGCCCACUGCUGUGUUUGAUGGUGACAACAUGUACUUGAAUGACAAUAACCAAGAGUUUCGGUCACCAAACCAGAGCUAUUCCAGUCAGGGCAGAGGCAGCAAUGGUGGUGGAGGAGGAGGAGCAGGCGAUGAGGACUACGAGAUCCCCCCAAUCACGCCCCCCAAUCACGCUGACCCUUCUCUGCUGCACCUCAUGGAGCAUGAGUCAGGGUACCCCUUUCACUCCUUGCCUCACAAUGGCCUGCUCAACACCUACUCCUACCCCGAGCUGCCCGCCCUUAUGAUGUCCAACAUGCUGGGUCAGGACACCCACAUCCUCUCGGGGCCUAUGCACUCAAUAAGCAACGACAAGCGGUCCUCGGCAGAAAUGAUGAAGCCCAAACCCAAACCGCAAAAGAAGAAGAAGAAGAAGGAUCCCAACGAGCCGCAGAAACCAGUGUCGGCCUACGCGCUCUUCUUUCGAGAUACCCAGGCAGCCAUUAAGGGUCAGAACCCCAACGCCACCUUUGGAGACGUCUCCAAGAUUGUGGCCUCCAUGUGGGACAGCCUAGGAGAGGAACAGAAGCAGGGUUACAAGAGAAAAACUGAGGCGGCAAAGAAGGAGUACCUGAAAGCCUUGGCGGCGUACAGAGCCAGUCUGGUUUCCAAGACAUAUAAUGAUCCAGAGCCAAAAAGUGCCCAGCAGACAAGCCAGCCCUCCCACCUGCUGCCCCCAAAGCAGCCCCUGUAUAGUCCUCAGCCCUCGUCACCCUACCUGGGCCCAUCGGGCUCCUUCCCCCUGUCGGACCUCCAGAGCUACGCGGGGCCGCCGCGCCACAGCCUGGCCUCCACUCUCAGCCAAUCGCAGAUGCUGCCACCCAGCAUGAGUGCCUCGCCACCUGCUCCCUUCCAAAUCAGCCCUCCCCUGCAUCCCCAUGCCCAGCUCUCCCUGCACCAGAGCUCCCUGCUCAACCAGCCAAUCCGCAUGCAGCAGUCACAGCCAAUCAUCUCACACCAAAUGGGACUCCAGGCGCCUUUGCAUUCCCCACCUCUCAGCCAACAGGGGUUUUCCCAUAUUCAGGCUGAGUACCAGAACAGUGUGGGUGGCUCACAGUCUCCAGGGGCCCCGAACCCAGUGCAUGGCCAGAACCCAGACUGGGAUAGUGAAUACUGCAACAGGGAUUGUGGACCCAACCCCUGCAGCAGUGGCAUGGGAGCUCGGGACAAGCCUCUCUACCUCACUUGAAGUUGAAAGACCUCCACUCGUGUGACUCCAGGGAGAUUUCCAACCUAAAAUCAUCAAUAUAUCUGCUUCGACACCGUUUUGCUUUUUCUUCUUCUUCGUCUUCUACCGGAUUUUAAAAAUCCCAAAGACUGCUCCAGCAUCUUCACCUAUUCGCCAAGCACUUAGAUCAGCCACAUGCCCGAGGCACUUUUUUCUCUGUCUCUCUGUCUCUCGCUUUCUCUCUUCCUCUCUCACUCUCUUGCUCUCUCUCUCUCUCAUCAGUGAACUUUUUUUUUUUCUUUUUUUUUUUUUGCGGGGGCAGUGAGCUAUGAGCUUCUGCCAGCAUACUGGAGAGAAAGACAAAACAAAUCUCAUUUUCUUUUGAAUUUUCUAGAGAUGCUCUCCCUUUGCAUCCUCAUGGGUGGAGUUGACAUGCUCAAAGCAUCCUCAAAGAGUAAGGCUCUCCAAAUUAGUCGCCUCAACAGGGGGUGCAUGUACUUUAGGACAUUUUCAAGCUGGUCGCAAACACAAGACGUUUGCAAAACCCAUCUUUGCUCCCAAUGAAGGACUCUCUAAUUUCCUUAUUUCUCACAGAGAUUGUAAAUACCACCAAAAAACAGAUCCUUCUUAUGUGUGUAUUUUCAGCAGCAGCCCCUUGCUGUCUUGAGUUUCUUUCCAUUGAAUUAUGUGGUGAGGGAAUACACACACUAAAAAAAAAAUGUGUUACAAGCAAGAGAGGAGGAGGAGGAGACCCAAAAAAAAAAAAUCGCCAUCUCCCUGCCGAUCGUAGGUAGCGUCGACUCUCGUCACGUGACCUCAGGAUGUUGCCGAAACACAGAGGUGGAAGAUUUUAAACCCUUUUGGUCCUCCUCCACCUUCCUUUUUUCCUAACACCACUUGUACAGGUGAAUUAAACAAAAAAAGAAGCUAAAUGUGAAAUGUUAACUAAAGAAAACAAACAGUGGGGUUUUGAAGUUUUGACUAGUUUUAUUAGGUGUUUUAGAAUUGUGUUCAACUCAUCUUUAUUAUCUUUUGUGAAGAAUUUUAAAUAAGAUUUUUUGGUUUUCACUGUAGCAGGAUUUAAGAGGAACGGACAUCGGGGUAUAUAAUUCAAUUUUUUGUAUAAAGCCUGCCAAAUGUACUUCUUUGUCACCCCAGAGGCCCAUUUUGUUUGGAUGAAUAUUGGUUUUACAAAAAAGCUCAUUAUAUAUCAUUUGGUUAGAAGGUUUCACAUUGGUUUAUGAAUAAUAAAGAAGUAACAUGC